UUAUUUUCCCACCCCAUAAUUUUUGGUAACUAUAUAAAGCCAUUUCCCAAAUUAAAUUUAGUCACAUUACAAAUUUAUAAGCCUUUUAUUUUCUUAUAUAUUUUUAGCUCCAUUUAGAGAAGUAGGAUACUAUUAUGGUUAGAGUUAUGGCUAGAAGAACAAUGAGUCAUCGGAUUUUAACGUGCGAUAAGUUGGAAAUAGUGACAUUUUCCGGCGACCCCGCAUCGAUAAAUAUUUCCGAUACUAUUUUUGGUUUUCUCGAUAAUGAAUCGUUGGAAAGUAUUCGUCUCGAUUUUUGUGACGAUAAUGAGAAUAAUGAUGAUGAAGACGAAGAAAAAGAUGAGUCUGAUAAUGUUGAAGAUAAUCAAUUUUGGGAAACACAACAUCAGCUUUUACAAGGUAUACUUUAUCGGACUACUUCUUUAGAAUCACAAAUCCGAAGCAUUACAAAGGAGGCAAUAAAAGAAGGAAAUGAAAUUAUAUGUAGUUGUCGCAGAACGCUGGAUGACGGCUGCAAGACCUGCCUCAUGAAGGAGGUUUGCAGCCGUCUGCAAAUUGCAGGGUUCAACUCUGCAAUUUGCAAGUCUAAAUGGAAGAACUCUCUGGAUAUUCCAUCAGGUGAACAUACAUUUAUAGACGUGAUUGACUUAUCAAAUCCUAAAAAGGGUGAAGUAAGAGUUAUCAUAGAGCUAAAUUUUCGUGCCGAAUUCGAGAUGGCACGAGGAUGUGAAGAAUACAAUCGAUUAGUAAAAAAUUUACCAGAAGUAUUUAUUGGAAAAAUCGAAAGAUUGCUAUCGUUGAUCAAGAUUUUGUGCGCGGCAGCCAAGAAAUGCAUGAAGGACAAGAAAAUGCACAUUGGGCCGUGGCGUAAACAAAAAUACAUGCAAGCAAAAUGGCUUAAAACCCGCGAACGUGUGGAGGCGGCCAAGUUAACCUACUCGUCCUCUAUGGACGAGUAUUCUAGUCGACCGCCUCCACGGCCGAGGGCCUCCAUGCUCACGGUUGAUUUGUUGGAAAAUUUGCCAAAUUUACAUCUCAUCACGGCAGUUGAAGUAUUGUGAAAUUUUGAAAAAGAGACAUUAGUAUAUAAGUUAUAUUCUGAAAAUUUUGAAAUACUAUAUUGUAUUUGCUAUAAUUGUAUUUUGUUCUUUUUCUCUAGGUUUUUGGGGUUGGGGAGUAUUUUUUUUGUUGUUGUUGAGAGAGUUUGAGGUUAUUGUUAGAAUUUUAAUUUACUUCUCUUUAAUUAAAUAAUUACCUUGUUUUCUAGCUAAGGAAUAAAUCUCAUCUUAUUA